CACACUUGAACCGAAUCCAGCAUUUUGAACAGGUCAAGCCAAAAGGUGACUUGGCUGCGGGUAUUCGACAUGUCGUGUCCACCAUGAUCAAUGGAGUCACUGUCUCUCUCGUCACAUUGCUGCGGGCUUGGUUUCCGUGUGAUCCAGCGAUAUCUUCAACAGCCUGAUGUCAUAGGCAUCAUCACAUCAUGCAUCAUGAUGGCCGCGCUUUCCUCCGGAUACAUUGCAUGGCGCAGGGAGAAAUUGGGUUUUUUUGGUUGACAUUGUUUCUCGUCUAGACAUCCUCAUCUCACCCAUUUCCUGGCCCUUCGACGAUCCCUAACUAACACGCUGCCCGCGACCACCAUGUCGGAAUCUGUGAUUCAGCUCAAAUGCGACUGCAACAACUACCCCUGGGGAAAAGUUGGGAAAGAAUCGUUGGCAGCUCGGCUGUGUUCCAAGACAAACCCGGAAUUCAAACUGGAUGAUGGCAAGAACUAUGCUGAAAUGUGGAUGGGAACAUACCCCGAACUACCGUCCUACUCGCUCAAGACGGGCGAGAACCUCCAAGACAUCUUGAAUGCCAACAAGGAGAAGCUGAUCGGCAAGAACGUCCUCGACAAGUUCGACGACAACUUGCCCUUUUUGCCCAAGAUCCUGUCCAUUGCCAAAGCCCUCCCUCUCCAGAUCCAUCCGGAUAAAGGAUUAUCAGAAAAAUUGCACAAAGAAAACCCGGACCAAUUCACCGACCCAAACCACAAGCCUGAGAUUGCCGUCGCGCUGGGCAAAUUCGAAGCCUUCGUCGGGUUCAAGCCGCUCAGUGACGUGCACCAGCUGCUGAGACUGGAACCCCUAUCGCAAUUCCUGCCUAGCCGGGGUGGGCAAUUCGACGACGACGCACUGCGCGAAGUAUGUGUCAAUAUGCUCAAAGCACCCGAAGAUGCCGUCAGUUCUGCGCUGUCGGGUCUUCAAAAUUCACCAAAAGACGCCCUUGGGAAACAGACAUAUAUUCUCGAUUUGAUCCCUCGAUUGGCGGACCAGUACGGCAAGUCCGACAACGGCAACCUAGUCGCGCUGAUCUGUAUGAACUACAUCGUCCUCGAAGCCGGGGAGGCACUGUACAUCCCGGCCGACGGCAUUCAUGCAUACUUGUCCGGUGACAUUGUCGAAUGCAUGGCUCGCUCGAACAACGUGCUCAACACGGGCUUCUGUCCACCGGCCGAUCGGGACUCGGUCGACCUGUUCGCCAAGGCCCUGACGUUCAAACAACACGACCCGCAGGAGCCGAUUCUGAAGAGACAGGCUAGCGACAAGAGCGAGACCGGCAAGACCACCGAGUUCAAGCCGCCGAUGAGUGAAUUCAACAUGCUAGUCACCGAGCUCAAGGGUGGAGAGACCGAGACGGUCAAGCCCGUCAUGGGUCCGAGUACCAUGUUCGUCACGAGUGGGACCGGGACAAUGAAAGUCGACGGACAGGAGUUUGCCUUGGACGAGGGAAGUAUCUUUUUCAUCGGACAAGGUGUGUCGAUCGAGAUCAGUGCGAAGGGAGAUUUGGCUGCGUACCGGGCAUAUGCUGAGUGAAGAAGAACUUCGGGUACAUUUGUUUAACGAAGCAAUGACCAUGGCCCUUGUCAAAUGGUCAACAAGAAUCAAGCAAAGUUAUGAAUGGUUGGCCCUUCCCGAGGAGUCUCGGGAAUGGCCUUCAAUAUCAAAGGAGGCAGGAUGGUGCUUAGGAAAAGGCACGUAGAAGUGAAUCAGAGCAUAACUGCCGAUUUGAUUUCGA